CCAAGCGAUCAGUUCGUGUUCCAGUCGAUCGAUACUACCCGCGGACCAAUAUCACACAAAAUACCUAAGAUAACAUAUCUCUAGGAAGACCCCAAAAUGUUGACCUUGCCCAACAUCGCCGAUCUGCGUUUGCAGCAGCAGAUUGCCCAGGAAAUAUACCGCCAGCAGAUUAUGCAACGAUUGCCGGAUCCCCUUUGCGGUUUGUUGCCCAAUUUUGCCGGACACUUUGUCCCACCGCCGCCACCACCACAACCCACUUUACCCGGAGACGUGGAGGCCAAGCUGGAGAACAAUGAACUGUGGCAGCAGUUCCACAGCAUCGGCACCGAGAUGAUCAUCACCAAGUGCGGCAGGCGCAUGUUUCCCUCGAUGCGCGUUUCUCUCAGUGGCCUGGAGGAGGAGGCCAGCUAUUGUGUCCUCCUCGAAAUGGUGCCCAUAGGCGACUGCCGCUACAAGUUCUCGGGCUCCCAGUGGGUUCCUGCCGGAGGAGCCGAGCCCCAGAGCCCCCAGCGAAUGUAUCUGCAUCCGGAGAGUCCUGCGACGGGAAAGCAUUGGCAGUCGCAGGCUCUGCUCUUCAGCAAAGUUAAGCUGACGAACAACACUCUGGAUAAUAAUGGACAUAUCGUCUUGGCCAGCAUGCACAAGUAUCAGCCGCGUCUGCAUGUCAUUCGCACCUCCGAUCUCGGCCAGAUUCCCUGGGCUCCCCAGCAGGCCUUUGUGUUCCCGGAGACGGAGUUUAUAGCCGUUACGGCUUAUCAGAAUGACCGCAUAACCAAGCUGAAGAUCGACAACAAUCCCUUUGCGAAGGGAUUCCGUGAGUCGGGUCAGUCGCGGUGCAAGAGGAAGAUCAAUGACUCGCCACCGCCAACGCAGCCGGAGGUUACCCAGGUGGACCCGAUGCCAUCGCCGCUGGCCAAGCGUUUGCGACUGGUGGAGGAAGUUCCCCAGCAUCACCAUCACCAUCAGAAUCAGCACCCGAAUCUUCAGAGCCUUCCAAUGCAGCGUCACUAUCUGCUGGAUACUCUGGAGGCCAAUUUCUAUAUGCCAGCGCCACCGCCGCCGUCGAUUGAUUAUGCCAGGCACAUCGGAGGCUAUCCAAGUUGGGCCUACACCCCUCCCUCGCCGGCCUCCUCCGUUUCGUCCUCCUCGGCGGGUUCCUCCAGCGGUGAAUCCUCGGCCGAACGGGAGGCAGAUGCCGACACCUUUGUGGAUGUGGUCGGAACCGCCACUACUGCUCCUCCAGCCUCAGCUCCCUCGCCCAGCGAUCCAGUGCCCAAGCCAAAACGAAGCAGCUUCAGCAUCUCGGACAUAUUGGGAACCAGCUCGUCCAUUUAAACCAGAUCCAGUCCGAGGGGCAGGUGCUCCCAUUUGGCUUGAAAUCGGUGCCUUGUACAUUUAAUUAGCGUUUAGUUGCCAUCGUCUGCUUAGUGUCUAAGCUAAAUUGUGAUAUUUUGCAGUUAAUUAGGAUUUCCAGGUAUUUGCCAUCAGUAUUUAUCGUAUUUAUUAUGCAAUUUUAAUUGUUCAAAUGAUUUCGUAAUGGAUUUAUUGUCUUUGGCAUUUUAAUGCGGCAUAAAUAAAAUAUCUAUG